GGGGCUUAACUCAAGCAGAUUAAGACAGAGUCAAUGCAGCAAGAGUCAGUUGCAGUGUUGUUCUCCACUACGCCUCACCUCCCUCCGGCUCUGCUCUCUGCAGGCAGGCCCCAGACCCCAAGGCCCACACCACACCUCUCUCCUAGGCAGAAGCAGAACGUGUCUGUAGGAAUAAGAAAGUAUGGGUGCCUACGAGUCUAACCUGGACGAUAUCCUGGCAGAGGACAUGCACCACUGGUACAACAAGUUUAUGAAAGAGUCUCCUUCGGGACUCAUCACGUUGUUUGAGCUGAAGACGAUGCUGGAGAUGCAGGGGAUGACAGAAGAAGCUAGCAGCUACGUGGACCAGGUCUUCUUUACCUUUGACAUGGACGGGGAUGGAUAUAUAGACUUCGUAGAGUACAUAGCAGCAGUCAGUCUGAUGCUGAAAGGAGAAAUCAACCAGAAACUGAAAUGGUACUUCAAACUUUUCGAUCAGGACGGAAACGGCAAGAUUGACCAAGAUGAAAUGGGGACAAUAUUCAAGGCUAUCCAGGACAUCACCAGAUGUUAUGACCCUCCUACGGAGGAGAUUGUGAGCCUCAUCUAUGAGAAGGUUGACAUAAAUAACGAAGGUGAGUUGACUCUGGAGGAGUUUAUCGAAGGAGCCAGGGACCACCAAGACAUCAUGGAGAUGUUGGGAAAGAUGAUGGACCUCACCAACGUUCUAAAGAUCAUUGUCAACGGACAGAAAAAGCAGGUCAAAUCACCCGAAUGAGGAUGACGUCACUUCCUGUUGCACUUCCUGUUUGAUGGACUCAGAAUUUACAGAAUGCAACGCAGAAAGGUUGUUGUGAAAGAAUAGGAUUGUUUGGGACGGAAAGCAAUUAUAGUGGAAUGUUUAAUAUAUAAUAUAUGGAGGAAAUGUAUAAAAGAACAAACAACGAACUUGAGCAUCUUGAUGAGAAGGUGAAUAUACAUGAAUGGGAGGGGAGCCAUGUCCCAAAUCUCCAUCGACCAAGAAGACUGAGUUAAUGUAAGGACAAUGGAACCAUGCCAGGAGGCCAUGUGACCCAUCUUGCCUACUCUAUGUUCUCUAUUUCUACAUCCCGAUUGUCUUUUCACCCUUUUCCCGAAGUCCCAUCAUAGAUUUAACCACGGUGGAAACCCUCUAGGCAAUGAUUACACCAAUGAAACACUUUGAGAUCAAUGACAGGAAUUGUGGAAGUGCAAGUGUAGAGAAUUGGGAUGCAGCCUAUAUGUUCUCUCUGUGUGUAUCACUUGAGUAUCCUCCUCCUCUCACUGUCACCACAGCUCUCUCUAGUCCUCCUCCUCCUGCUCCUAGUCUCACAGUCACCACAGCUCUCUGGUCCUCCUCCUGCUCUCACAGUCACCACAGCUCUCUCUAGUCCUCCUCAUCUCAGUCACCACAGCUCUCUCUAGUCCUCCUCAUCUCAGUCACCACAGCUCUCUCUAGUACUCCUCCUCUCACAGUCACCACAGCUCUCUCUAGUCCUCCUCCUCUCACAGUCACCACAGCUCUCUCUAGUCUUCCUGCUGCUCUCACAGUCACCACAGCUCUCUCUAGUCCUCCUCCUGAUCCUCCUCUCUCAGUCACCACAGCUCUCUCUAGUCCUCCUCCUCCUGCUCCUCCUCUAACAGUCACCACAGCUCUCGCUAGUCUUCGUCUUGCUCUCACAGUCACCACAGCUCUCUCUAGUCCUCCUCCUGAUCCUCCUCUCUGUCACCACAGCUCUCUCUAGUCCUCCUCCUCCUGCUCCUCCUCUAACAGUCACCACAGCUCUCGCUAGUCUUCGUCUUGCUCUCACAGUCACCACAGCUCUCUCUAGUCCUCCUCCUGAUCCUCCUCUCUCAGUCACCACAGCUCUCUCUAGUCCUCCUCCUCCUGCUCCUAGUCUCACAGUCACCACAGCUCUCUGGUCCUCCUCCUGCUCUCACAGUCACCACAGCUCUCUCUAGUCCUCCUCAUCUCAGUCACCACAGCUCUCUCUAGUCCUCCUCCUGCUCUCACAGUCACCACAGCUCUCUCUAGUACUCCUGCUCCUCCUCUAACGGUCACCACAGCUCUUGCUAGUCUUCGUCCUGCUCUCACAGUCACCACAGCUCUCUCUAGUCCUCCUCCUCCUGCUCCUAGUUUCAGUCACCACAGCUCUCUCUAGUCCUCCUCAUCUCAGUCACCACAGCUCUCUCUAGUCCUCCUCAUCUCAGUCACCACAGCUCUCUCUAGUCCUCCUCAUCUCAGUCACCACAGCUCUCUCUAGUCCUCCUCCUGCUCUCACAGUCACCACAGCUCUCUUUAGUCCUCCUCCAUGGCUCUCACAGUCACCACAGCUCUCUCUAGUCCUCCUCAUCUCAGUCACCACAGCUCUCUCUAGUCCUCCUCCUGCUCUAACAGUCACCACAGCUCUCUCUAGUCCUCCUCAUCUCAGUCACCACAGCUCUCUCUUGUCCUCCUCCUCAUCUCACAGUCACCACAGCUCUCUCUUGUCCUCCUCCUCAUCUCACAGUCACCACAGCUCUCUCUAGUCCUCCUCCUGCUCUCACAGUCACCACAGCUCUCUUUAGUCCUCCUCCAUCUCUCACAGUCACCACAGUUCUCUCUAGUCCUCCUCAUCUCAGUCACCACAGCUCUCUCUAAUCCUCCUCCUCCUCUAACAGUCACCACAGUUCUCUCUAGUCCUCCUCCUCUCUGUCACCACAGCUCUCUCUAGUCCUCCUCCUCCUGCUCCUCCUCUAACAGUCACCACAGCUCUCGCUAGUCUUCGUCCUGCUCUCUCAGUCACCACAGCUCUCUCUAGUCCUCCUCCUCCUGCUCCUCCUCUAACAGUCACCACAGCUCUCGCUAGUCUUCGUCCUGCUCUCUCAGUCACCACAGCUCUCUCGAAUCCUCCUAUGUAACGGUCUUAAAACACACUUUGUCACCAACUGAUACAUUGUUCUUAGAGGUCUUUUAAGAGAGGAUGUAUAAGUGCUGUUUUCAGAAGCAAGCCCUUAUACCAUAAACAGACGGGUAUUGAACUUUAGGGGCGUUCUCUGGCUGGUGACUAGGAUUCUAUGCAUUCCUAUUUGUAUUCAGGCUAAAAUAUUUAAAGAAACUGAAUAGAUGUAUUGUAUAUCUUCUUAUUCUAAAUAAAUGGAAUGGAUUUGUUGUUUUUCAAAACAAUUAUGGAACGUUAUAGAUAUUUAUAAUCAUAAGCAAAUGUUUGAGAAAAAAUAUAUUUUCACAAAGUAAAAACGUCCAGGUUUGUGAGUCACUAAAGAUGUUUCAUAGUGUGUUUUAGACUGGAUGUUGAAAGUGACCCUAUACCUUCGAAAUGCACACGUGUCCCUUGGGUUGGGACUGAUCUCAACAUUAGACUACUUUUGGGGUUCUGAAAACCCAACCCUUCUUUUGUGUUGUUUUUGUACCAUCAUCAUUGAAAUGCAAGAGAAAUUCGAUAAUGUAUAUUUCAGCCCAGGUGCAAUAUGCAUUAUGGCCACUAGAUGACAGCAAUGUAUGUGCAAAGUUUUAGACUGAUUCAAUGAGCCAUUGCAUUUCUGUUCAAAAUGUUGUAUCGAGACUGCCCAAAUAUGCCUAAUUUGUUUGUUAAUAACUUUUUAUGUGCAAAAUUGUGCACCCUCCUCUCCUUUCACUGUAAUAGCUACUGUAAAUUGGACAGUGAAGUUAGAUUAGAAUUUAAGCUUUCUGACAAUAUCAGAUAUGUCUAUGUCCUGGGAUUUCUUUUUGAGACUUACAACCUCGCAUUAGCCUACGUUAGCUCAACCGUCCCGUGGAAGGGGACACUGUUCCCGAAUAAAUUUUGAAACAUGUUUUUUGGGGUUGCCUUAACAAUUUUAUCAAUACAGUCAUUCUGAAUAAACAUACCGAUUUCCUGUUGAUUAAAUAAAGGAAGUGGUUCAACAG